GACAUAAACCUCAAGUUGCAAAAUGCACUCAUCUUUUUAUACAAAGGCUCACCUUGAAGAAGGAAAUGGAGGGUCAUCAAGGCUGUGUCAAUGCAUUGGCGUGGAAUUCUAAAGGCUCUCUUCUGAUUUCUGGAUCAGAUGAUACAUGUUUAAAUAUAUGGAGCUACACCAAUGGGGAAUCUUGUGCAAAGUAUUGACACUGGACACAAUGCCAAUAUAUUUUGCACCAAAUUUGUUCCAGAGACCUCUGAUGAACUUGUUGUAUCAGGGGCUGCAGAUGCAGAGGUCCGACUCUUCAAUUUGUCUCGCGUGAUUGGAGAUGCUGUAGAACCAUCAGGGGUAUUCCAGUGUCAUUCAAGGAGAGUUAAGAAGUUAGCUGUUGAAGUUGGAAACCCAAAUGUGGUAUGGAGUGCAAGUGAGGAUGGGACUUUGAGACAAUACGAUUUUCGAGAAGGUGUUUCAUGCCCUCCUGUUGGAUCCACAAAUCAAGAAUGUCGACAUGUACUUCUUGAUUUACGAUGUGGAGCUAAGAAAUCACUAGCUGAUCCUCCUGGGCAUUGUUUACAUUUAAAAUCAUGUGACAUAAGCUCCACUCGACCUCAUCAAAUUCUUGUUGGUGGCAGUGAUGCAUUUGGGCGAUUGUAUGAUAGAAGAAUGCUUCCUCCCCUGAGUUCCAGUCAAACAAAGAUGAAACUGCCCCCUUGUGUGACUUAUUUUUGUCCAGUGCAUCUAGCUGAGCGUAGAAGGUCAAGUUUGAACUUGACACAUGUCACUUUUAGCCCAAAUGGAGAAGAGGUGCUCUUGAGUUACAGUGGAGAACAUGUAUAUUUAAUGGAUGUAGAAUGUGGUAAGUACAAGUAAAUUGGAAAUGGCCAU